GAGAUCACUGCCAUGAAGCGCCGGGUAGCGGAAAUGGAGGAGGAGGCCAAGAAGCUUCGAGAGAUGCAGGCUACUCUAGAACAGCAGUCCGCCGAUCUGGCAGAUGACAAAGAGUCGAUCGAUGCGCGCAGCAUCUUUGUGGGCAACGUCGACUACUCUGCCUCGCCCGAGGAGAUCCAGGCUCACUUCCAGAGCUGUGGCUCUAUCAACCGAGUCACCAUCUUGCUUGACAAGUUUACUGGACAACCGAAGGGGUACGCCUAUGUCGAGUUCACCGAGCCCAGCCUGGUCGCCCAGGCCCUCGUCCUUAACGAGAGCGUGUUCAAAGGGCGCAACAUCAAGGUGACACCCAAGCGCACCAACAUCCCAGGCAUGAGCCGGGGCGGCCGCGGUGGUCGUGGAGGCUUCCGUGGAGGUCGAGGAUUCCACGGUAGAGGCAGCUUCCCUCGAGGAGGCUACCGCGGUGGUUACCGGGGCCGUGGUCGAGGCUUUGCUCCCUAUUAG